UGGGUAGCUUUGUGCAGAAGAUCUGUUGGAUGCUGGUUAAAUCAUUCCUAGGUGAACUAUCCGAUGCAUUUCCGAUGACUGGUCCUUUGUGACGCGCAGUAAUUCCAGGAUCACUUCCGGAUUGCUUGUCGUUCGUGGCUACAAGCAUGUUAUUAACUGGUUUACAAUUAGUAAAACAUUCGUAGACAAAGCAAACGUAGUGUUCAAAACAUUAUUUGCUACAAUCUGUAGCGUUCAGGAAGGAACCGAUGCAUUAAAACCCGUCGUCUAACGGGAUCCUCCAUCUAACGUUUGUAACAACAGUCAGCAUUUGGCCCACGCGACAAAAUGGACUCGGAAUUUUCGGCAGCGGACAAUGCAGGUCUCCCUCUCCUCUCCCUCUGCCUCUUGGUUCCACCCAUUCAGCUUAUGUCCGCGUCCAUAUGGCAGGUGGUGCAACAGCGAGAUGCCAUGAAUUAUGCAAUGCUGGCAGAGUUUGUCUCCCUGGUGACAGAGAUGGUCCCUGAGUUGCUGAUCUAUAGGCACAGGGCCCAACUUAUUUUGGGAUUGCGAGCAAGGCACAUUCUGGAGUUGUGUCGCAGUGAGCAUCCUGUAGAACCUCAGGUCAUCUUAACCCAGCUGUACAUGAUUCAACCACUUACCCACUUCAGUAAUGAUGUAAGUGACACAGAGGUGGAGUCGUCAGAGACUCAUUUUCUGGAGCUGGUCCAGACCCUGCUUAAAGACCCUGAUGAGAGAGAGCAUUUUUUCACAGAGAUAUUCCCAGUGGAGUAUGGACCACAAUAUGACAUCGAGCUGCAAACUCUACUGUGGGAGUUCCUGUCCAGAUUGGUUCAACUUCUACCGACCCCUGACCUCGCACAGCAGAUCUGAAGAGUCUUCUCCAGCACCAUAAACGUCUUGGACAUUUGGAGCAACAUG